AUGCACUCAGAAUCCUGCAAGAUAAAGGCUCACUUCCAUGAAGGAAAACUAAAAAUCCAUGACCAGUGGACCUACUUCAGAGAAAAGCCACACAGGUCCUUAAUGCCAGAGGAUAAUGAUUUGGAGAAAAGCUUGAACUUCGUAGAAAAAGGAGCAACAUCAAGUGCCAUCCCAGCAAUCCGCCGGUGUCCAACUCAGACCACGUCCCCAGUCCCACCUAUACCCAGGUCUCACUUACUGGCUCCGCCUUCGUCUUUUCCUGGAGUCCUUGGUUCCGCCCACAGCCGGGACUCUGGAUCCGCCCCUGCCAGUUCCUCCUACAGAUUCCACCCUUUCGUAAGCGUCGAGGUUCAGUCCGCCCUCAACGCCGGCUUUAGCAUCUGUGACCAGAAGAGUGGCGCCGUCGUGUCCCAGAAAACUGCCAGACAGGACUACAUGGAUCAAGUGUACAAUUUAAGUCCCUCAUCUGAAGCCUCUAGCCAGGGAAAGUAUGGAGCCGAUGAGAAAGUCCAGGAGUCUAAGGACAUUGUGGUAACCUUUGAAGAUGGCAUCACGAAGAUCAUGUUCAACCGGCCCACCAAAAAGAAUGCCAUAAGCUUCCAGAUGUAUCGCGAAAUUAUGCUUGCACUUAAAAAUGCCAGCACGGAUAGCUCAGCCAUAACUGUUCUCACAGGGUCUGGUGACUACUACAGCAGCGAAAACCUGACUAACUUCAUGAAUUAUGUGGUGAAAUACAAGACGUAGUGGAAAAAGUGUGCUACAGUACUGAGGGAAUUUGUAAACAGUUUUAUAGACUUUCCCAAGCCUCUGGGACUAUUUGAUGCUGUCUAUGCAUCAGAAAGGGCAACAUUUCACACUCCAUUCAGCCACCUCGGCCAGAGCCCAGAAGGUUGCUCCUCGUACACGUUUCCAAAGAUGAUGGGCUCAGCAAAGGCAGCUGAGAUGCUUCUCUUUGGGAAGAAGCUCACAGCAAGAGAGGCUUGGGCUCAAGGCCUUGUCACUGAAGUUUUUCCUGAAAGCACUUUUGAGGAAGAAGUCUGGAGCAGGCUGAAAACAUAUGCGAAGCUGCCACCAAAUGCGAUGAGAAUUUCCAAAGAGUUAAUGAGAAAAAAUGAGAAACAAAAGCUAUAUGCUGUUAAUGCUCAGGAGUGCAAUAUAAUCCAGGAAAGGCUGACGUCAGAGGAAUACACAAAUGCACUCAUGAACUUCAUGUCCAGAAAGGCAAAGUUGUGAAGACCACCACAGCAGCUAGACUUCACAGAAGAAGAAUGCUUUGUAAGUUCCAGUUUCGAGCGCUUGAACUGCAUACACGUCUCUGUGCCUUUUCUGUUACUAAUAUAGGAGUAAUGGUGAGAACGCCUCAGUCAUGACAAAUAAAAACUUUCAUAAAAUGA